AUGACAAAACUACAUCAACUUAAUUUGGAGCAACUCAAAGAAGAGUUACAAAAACAAAUUGUUGCUACCAGUGGAAAGAGAAGAGCAUUGAUAGCACGCCUAACAAAAGCCCUUGCUAAUGAAAACAAGAAUCCUGAUGAAUUCGAGUUUGACGAUCAGAAUGUAGAAUCAAAUGCAGUUGUAGACGUUGGGGCUAACACUAAAUUGAUACUUCGAACAAUAUCAUCAGAAAUAAAACAACAAUCUACAAAAAUUGAACAACAGUCAACAGAAAUAAAACAGACGAGAAAUCUAAUUGAUGCAAAAAUUAAACAGACGAGAGAACAAUUUGAUACCCAAAUCGAACAACAGUCAGCCGCGAUUGAUGUUAAAAUAAAGCAACGGUUGAGAGAACUCAGAGAACAAUUCGAUUCCAAAGUUGAACAGCAAUUGGCCGUUAUCAAUGCAAAAAUGGAAGAGAUCACGUCAAAAAUUGAGCAGAAAUCCUUUCAAAAAGUUAUGGGGCUUGACCAGAAGUUAUCUUGCGAAAUGACAAAGAAAGUAAUAAUAAUUAAAUUUAAAAUUUAUCAAAUUAUCAAAAAUGUUUAA